AAUAAUGUAUAAAACUCUACAGAUAGACAUGAUAGAUGCAUACUGAGCUCCUUGUGACUUGUGAAUUGAAUAUAAUCAAGGAAAUUGUUAAAGUGUUAAACAUUAAUCUAUCAUAGCCAGAAGUGCAUUGAUAAUAAUAGUUCAAAAUUAUUUUCAGUUAAUACUUUACCAUUACUUUUCAUGGUUUGGAAAUUGCUUGUUUUAAAAUAUAAAAAAAUGUCCCCUAAAAUACUUAAAUUCAGCUGGAAAAAAAUAUAGGAGGGUUUGGAUGGGUAAUACAGGUAUAAGAGGGUGUUGAUUGGGUAUACAGAUAUAGGAGGGUUUGGAUUGGUAAAACAGAUAUAGGAGGGUUCGGAUGGGUAAUACAAAUAUAUAGGAGGGUUUAAAUCGGGUAUACAGAUAUAGGAGGGUUUGGAUGGGGUAUACAGAUAUAGGAAGGUUUAAAUGGGGUAUACAGAUAUAGGAGGGUGUGGAUAGGUAAUACAGAUAUAGGAGGGUUUGGAUGGGGUAUACAGAUAUAGGAGGGUUUGGAUGGGUAGAAUUAAUGAAUAGAAAAGGAUUGGGUACAAAAAUAUAAAAAAUAGAGAAUAAUAUUGGGAUGUUAAAAAUAUAAAGAACUGUGAAUAAUGUGCCCACAAAAUUAGAAAAGAUAGUUAAAAAUGAAGACCCCCAAACUCAUCCACACCUCAUGUAGACAUUAGGAUGCAUUUACCAAUCUUCAGACUGCAAAGAAAAUAACAGGACCAAAUGGUGACAGAUGGAACUUUUAUUCUGAUUCUUUAAAAAAAAAGAGUUAAAAGCCUAUUUAAAGUCUUCACAAAAUUGUGAAAAAUAAUCGAAAUGUCGUCUCAUGAGUUAUAUAUAUAUGGUUAGCAUCUGUUAAGAUAAAAAAAAUCACCACUCAGCUGCUACUGGUCUUACUAAUUGUAAGAUAUUAUGUGUUACAGAAGCCUUCUUUGUAACAGGUGAAAGCAAUAUAAAGAUUUGUCUGUAUUUCAGGGUCAGACGCCAUACGAUCUAGCAGCAGAAUAUAAAUCUCUCCAGUAUAAAGAAGUGAUGGAAUACUUACAGUCUGUCAUGUCAGAGGAAUCUUCAGGUGUGACUGCUGGUCAAGGGAUGGAAGGUGAUAUGGUUCCAACUGAAAUAAAAUUAAUGGCUGACAAAAGAUCUAUUGAUUUGUACCUCAAAUUACUUGAGUCAGGCUCUGAAAAAAAGAGAGACAUACGUUUAGUAGUAGUUGGAAAAAAAGGUGCAGGAAAGACAUCAUUGAUUAAAAGAUUGUUCUCUGAAGAGAAUACAGAUGUAACUAGUACAAAUGGAAUAGAAAUCCACACAAUAAAAUGCAAAGCAAAGGCUGAUGAUGGCAUAUGGAAUAAAUUAGAUGGAACCAAUAAAGAAACUGAAAUUCAUGCAAGACUCUUGAAACAAUACAAAGGAACAAUUGAAGCAUCAGUACAAGAAUUAACACAUGAAGUUGUUAGGGAAAACACCCUCAUAACCAUUCUGUACAAGCGUAUUGAGGAAUCAAAAGAAUCAGAGACAGUACGCCAGCAGCCUAAAAAAAGAAAACUUCAAGUAACCACUGAAUCUCAAGUUGAACCUCCAGUAACCUCGCAGCAACGAAACCAAUCAUUAAAACAGGCAAAAAUGGAUAUUGAAACCAUGCUUAAAUCUAAUGUUGAUUUACAUGACAAAGAGGAGUAUGCCACAUUAUUGCUAUGGGAUUUUGCAGGAGAUGAAGAAUUUUACCACACACAUCAAACCUUUUUGUCCUCAGGUGCAAUUUAUCUUGUUGUAACAAAACUCAAUGAAGCUGACGACAAAAAUGCACAAGAUUUAUUCCAGUUAUGGAUGGACUCAAUCCAUUGCUACAGUAGACUGGAAGAGGACAAAAGUAAUUCUGCUGACAGCAAGACAUCAGAUGAUCUUGAUCCACCAGUAGUUAUUGUUGGUACUUGGAAAGAUGCUGUGACCUCUGAUGUAGAAGAGAUUGACGAUGCAUGCCGAGAAAACAUUUUUAAGUUUACGAAGAAUAUGUCAGAAGAUGAACUAAAACAUAUAAGGCAAGAAUACUUCAUUUCCAAUACAGAAGAUGACCCCAGUGUAUUCCAGCAAAUCCGAGAAGACAUCCUCAACUUAGCCAGAAAAAUAAAAACGUGGAACAAAGUUUACCCUUUAAAAUUUAUUCAGCUGGAAAAACGACUUCAAGAGAAAAAGAAGGAGUUACCAAUUAUUUCCUUUCAUGAAAUUAAGCACAUCUCUACUAAUACACCUAAUCCACUAAAUGAUGAGGAACUCAGAUUGUUCCUGGAAUUUCACCAUGAGAUCAGAGCUUUAGUUUAUUUCAAAGAUCUGUCUUCUUAUAUUAUUUUAGACACACAGUGGUUGUCUGAUGCUUUUAAAUGUAUAGUCACAGCUAAGAAAUUUAGAGCUUUUAGUACUAGAAAUAGAACAAAAUGGGAUGAAUUGUAUAGCAGAGGCAAAUUACAUAGUGAAGUUUUAGACGACAUAUUUAGAAAAAGUGAAAACAUUUUUGCCAAACACAAGGAUCACAUCCUGAACGUAAUGGAGAAAUUUGAUAUCAUUAUACGUCCUAACAUAUCAGAAACUCAAAGAGACGCUGGUGAUGACAAACCUCUCUAUUAUGUACCUUGUAUGAUUAAAUCAGAACCCGAGUGUGAUGUAUACGAAAUGUUUAAUGUUACAGAAAACACAUGUAAUAAGUCAACCUGGUUAUGUUAUAAGUUUAGGUUUCUUCCACCUCAUUUAAUGAAUCAUUUAAUUGCGUCACUGUGCAGGAAAUAUAAAGUUGCAGAAGUUGUCACGAAGGAACAAAAAAGACAAAUUGCUCUCUUCAGAGGUUCAGCUGUCUUUGAGUUACAGAAAACGACAAAAUUAGCAAAAUUGCAUAUAAUGAAAUGUCCGAAUUGGAUUCAAAUUCAGGUUUGGCAAUUUGAGAAAGGACGUCAAGGAGGUAUGUACAAAUACAUUGACGACUUUGUGACAGAGGAAAUUGUCAAGAUAAUAAGCACAAGAUUUAAGAUGUCUAAUGUGAAAUUUGAGAAAAAGUGGGAAUGUGGCCAAACAAGACCAGAGUCUGUAACAGGAUCGUUUGACUGUCGUGAAGAUCAGGAUACAAAAUAUUAUUGUGAGACAUGUAAAAUUGCACAUGAGUUCACAGGUGAAUGGUCAGAUCUACAAUAUAGAACAGUUGAUUUGUUACAGAGUUCUGCAAACGUUCCAAUAUCUAAUCCUUACACAGAAAGCUCAAGUCAAAUCCAAACUACGGUUCAAUCCACCAAGGUACGUGUCCGGGUCCAAGCUGGUGAGAGAGUAUUUUCAAAUGCCAAUGAAGGGGCAACAGGAACAGCCAGUUUGGCAGGGUUUACAAAUGAGGAAAUUAAUUUUGCAAAAAUGGGGAUGAUUGCUUUGAAUAUUCUUGCUGAUGUUUUAUAUGACCUUUUAAAACCAGAUAAACCAAAUCUACGUCCAAGGAGCGAUUCUGAUAUAACAUACUUAUACAGUGAGCACAGGAAACUUAAUAAACAUAUCCCAACUAAUGGAUGGGGAGGGAAAUGGCAAGUUGAUCAAAUUACAGGCAUAGUUACUGGAGAUGAUAUUGAGCGCAUAAGACUUACAAGGAAUGAACUACAACACUCUAGGACAUUUAAACUUGAAGAAACACGUUUUAAUGAGUUGCGUAUUAUAAUAUGUGACCUUUUAAAACGGUUAGACCACUAUAACAAACCACAAAAGCUGUAUACACAUGAGCUUAAGGAUAUUUUGGCUAAAACUUUUUCAGAUGAGGAUGUGAACUCAGUUAAAAAUGAAAUAUUGGAAAUGACUGUUGAGGUAGAAAUUGAACAACAAAUCAAUGUUCUAACGCAAUAGAGAAAUAAAGUUGUUCUCAUCAUUUGUAUGGCAAACAGUUAUUUUUGUAGUUGAUGAGAAAUACACAUAUAACCAUAGAAACAGAUUUGUAGAAGACGUUGUGCAUAGAAAGCGACCAUCUUUAUAUUUGAUAGCAAUGUAAUGCUACCGAUAAAAGUCAGACUACAUUUUUCUAUUCAUACAAUCAUGUAGAGUAAUUCUCCCGAAUUAUACUUGUCACUGUUGGAGCAUGAUCUGCAUACCUUUUCGGAGCACCUGUGGGGUUUUUGGUGCUCAAUCUUUAGUUUUCAAUAUUGUGUUUUGUAUACAGUCCUUGGAUGGUGUAAACUUUCCACUGACACCAUACACCAUUACACCAUUCA